AUGAUCGGCGCGGACAUGUAUCGCGCGUCCAUGGGGACGCGAGUUGUUUUCGUGCUCAGCGGCCUUUGGCUGGCUGCUAUGAGCGUCACCGCGGAACACAGUUUGCAAGGCUUGGAGUUCGUUCCACGGUUUACUCGGCUCUUGCGGCAGGAUCUUAGUAGCGUGGCGUCCUACCUCUUGCCCACGGAGCAGCCUCCUCUCUGCGCCGGACAAUGCUGCCAGGCGGACUCUUACGCGUCACCGUACGGCUUACUUUCUAUGAGCAAUACGCAGCAGAUUUUCGGCGGGCGUACAUACACGACGUUUUCCUUCAUCCUUCACUCCAACCAGACUUGCAAUAGCGCCUUGGACCACGCGGGUUGCUGCAGCAGCGCAGCGUACAUUGUCUGGAUUGACGUUGAUCCCACGUUGAAGGUCAAGUACGUGUCCUAUAAUGGCGUGCGCCUCGCGAGUGCGGAGCAGAGCCAGUUCGGUCUGAAGCUCGGCUCCCUUAAUCUCCAGGUGGCGCAAGCAAAGAAUGGCAUUCCCGUGGCCAUUACCGUAGAGGGCGCCGCAGAUACGCUGUGUCCGCCGCCUGGCCUUGCCCCCGUCACCGGCUUGUGCGAGCUGGUCAUCCAGGGUGGCACUGACAUCAAUCCCAACGCCUGCUGCCCCACCACCGUCACCGCUGCUGGCAGCGGGCCCUCGUCGCAACCGGGCCCCAAUUCCGUCUUCCAGUGCUCGGGCACCUUGAGCAACAGUCCAUUCAAGCUGGUCUUUGAUGGCGUCACGCCCAUCUCCAGCCAAUCCACCUCCACCUCGCUCGCUCAAGCCCAGUUCCUGGCCUACAAUUUUCGCCUGGUGGCCACGUCCUCGUGCGAGCCCGACGGUGUGACGAACUGCUGCCACGCCCAGCUAGCGUAUGUCAACCUCAAGGUGACGGACCUGCCCAUUAGCGGUGUUCAGCUGGGCCGAAGUAGCGUAAACUUCUCGACGUCAUCUUGGAAUGAGCCCAACAGCGCUUCGUACCGGUCGCUUUUGGUGGAUGAGCUGAACUUGGUGGCAGACGAUCUGGGUUCCAAUGGCCUGGCUCUGACGGUGACGGUGCGGUUGCCCAUCGGCAGUACUGCAUCCAACGUCGAUCUGUGCGACGCCUCGUCGGACCCGCAGCAGGGCGCCUGCACCUACUAUCUUCACUCGGAGGAUGGCUUUUGCUGCCCAUCUGGGCUGGUGCUGCCGAGCGCUGGCGUGCCACCGCCACCGGCAGGGACUUGCUGGCCGACACAGAACGUGCCUGCUGCCGAUACAUCCAUGUCGCUCCAGUAUUACGAGCGUGUCGCAUCGGCUGCCACUACCACAUUUGCGUUCUUGUUGGCCAACCACAAUCCCGCGUCGGGCUGCACCAAAAGCUACUGUGUGGACGUUUGCUCGUGGACUUUGUAUCUGGACCCUGGUGCCGCGUCGCAGGUGGCAGUUGGCCAUGAGAGCCCUCUAAACAAUGGCCGCCAGACGAUCGAGGCCGGCUCGGGCACCUCACCAGCAAGUCUCACCUUUACCUACGGCCCCGCUGGCGAGUCGACCAAUACGUUCUAUGUGACGUUGCCUGCCGGCGGCAAGCACCUGACUGAUCUUUGUGCGCGCAACGCGCUUCCGGGACAAGGUGUCCGGCCUUGUGCAGCCGUCGUUCGCAGCGCCUCGGUUUACAUUAUGGUGUUCUUUGACGACAGUGACGUCAUUAUUGUGCCCGGUGCAGCACCGCCGCCGCCACCGCCGGUGGAGCAAAUAUGCAUGUCGCCACGGCCCAUGUCCGACUCUUGUCUCGUUGCUCAGACUGCGCACUAUAACACCCUAUCCUCUACAGCGGUGUUUGAUUUCCCUGUCUCACCGGCCGCCGCCAGCACCACCUGCCGGCCGCCGGCCGCGCCGGGUGACCUGGCCACGCUGCAUCUACUGCUUGCCCCCGCGACCGUGGACCAGCUCACGACGCGUAGGCAGAUCCGGCCUGACAGGGGUGUGUCCCUUGACCGGAACGAUGGUGUGCGAUGGCAGGUUUCCACGACUGCAGCUAGCUCGUUAUCCUUCCAGGUGCAGGGCCCACUGGGCAUCACGGAGGUUUGCCAGCAAGGUGUGACAGGUGAACAGCCGGCCGGCACUUGCGUGGUAGAGGUAAGCGGCGACCUGGGCUGCUUCCGAGGCUACGUGGGCGCGACAGCAGACGGCCGGCUCAUCUGGGUCGAGGAGUCGACAAGCAAGAAGGGCGUGGGCGCAAGUGUUAUUGUGCCGGCGGUCGUGGUGCCGCUUGUGGCAGUACUCGCAGUCACGCUGCUGGUGAUGGCGUGGUAUCGCCGCCGCAAGGGCCAACAGUACUUCUUCAUGAACAGCGGCAGCGACGAUCUGGAUCGGCCACUGGCGACACAAAGCAUCAACAGCCUCCAUGACGACCUUGCCACGGCGUCGGCUGCGGCCAGUGACGUGCAGAUUCGCGUGCCGGGUGCGAGCCAGGGUGGGGCCAUGCCUAUUGGCCGACGCUGA